AUGGAUCUCGAGAAAAACGACUGUACCAUCCGCCCCACAUUCACUCCAUUAUUCAAGCUGAUUUUGGCUCUUGUGACCAUGGCUUUCUUCUACUUCGUUCCCUUUGACGUCAUCGCCCACCAAGUGAUGUCCGAUCCUCUUUCGGAGAUCAAGGUGACGCCUAGCCCCAAUAUGGAGUCGUUCGUGGAAUGCUGGGUUUUCAGCAGUCUUCAGUCUGGUGUUGUUAUGUCACUUGCAAAAGCCUGGUUGGGGGCUGGUGUUGUCAUGUUUGUAUUAACAGAAGGAAGACCUGAGGCGAUUAUUGCAUUGGCAAUAUCUGUAUUAUUGACUACGCUAUGCACAAUAAUGACAUUUAUGAUCUGA